AUGAAGCCGUCAGCACCUCACCAAGGUGGCAUUUAUGAGGCGGCAGUAAAAUCGUGUAAAUAUUACCUCAGAAGGGUGAUUGGAGCAAAAUCGUAUACUUAUGAGGAUUUAAUCACGUUCCUAGUGCAGGUAGAAGCAGUGCUCAAUUCACGUCCAUUGUAUGCUAUGAGCGAUGACCCAACGGACAUGCAAGUGAUAUGUCCAGGUCAUUUUUUGAUCGGUGAGCCGUUCAUUUUGCCACCGCCAAUAGCGGCACCGGCAAUAGCAAAUUAUUCGUUAAAAAGAAUAAGAGAAGAGCAACAGAAAAUGUUAAAAUCAUUUUGGGAUGCAUGGCGCAAAGACUAUUUGCCAACGCUAAUGCAGCGUAAAAAAUGGACUCAAGUGCAUGAGUUCAAAAUUGGGCAAUUAGUACUAAUUUGUGAAGACAACAUUGCACCAACUUAUUGGCAAAUAGGACGCAUUCAUGAGCUGAUUCGUAGCAAGGACGGUUUGGUACGUUCGGUUGUUGUUUUAUUGCCAACAACCCAAGAGCGAGCUAAAAGAAAAACACUCGUGCGACCGGUACAGAAAUUAUGUUUAUUGCCGGUCGAAGACGAGAAAGAGCGUGAGAAAGAAAUCGCAGUGAUUGACAAAAUUUCGGAAGGCUCGAGCAACACAAAAAGCUGA